AUGAGUUCGUCGCUGGUUGCUUACGAUGAUUCAGACUCAGAGGCAGAAACUGAAAAGGCUGAAGUCCCCACUACUUCCAGCAGCCAAACAAGCUUCCCAAGUUCAUCUGUGGAUUGUCUUCAGUUCUCUGCACCUGGUAGUUUGGGUACAAAAUCUACAUAUGAAACACAGCCCACUGAGAGCACUGGCAGUUCUGGCACAAGCGCUGUUUGCGAAGAUGCCCCUGGGCAUUAUGCACAGAAUAAUAACGCUGAUUUGACAUCUCCUUAUUGCAGGAGAGCGUACUCUGGCCAUGCUGCAUUAUGUAUGUCCUACAGAAACUACGAACAGACAGCAGGCUCUUCAGCAAACUCUGGAUAUGGCACUUCCCAGAAGAGGAUACAUAAAGACAGUACUGCUGCCAUAAAAGGAAUUAGACCAUAUAUCCCUAAAAGAUUGCGUCAAGAAAAUUCCAGUAUGCCCGAAAAUAGAGAAUCGGAUCAGAGAGAGAGCUCAGAUUGCAAUGUUAAGCUGGACGUAACAGGAGAGCAGCCUUCCAGAAAGAUCUCUGACUUAAUUAAGCCAUAUUUGGGAUCCAAAUAUAAAUCGUCUGAAGUCCCCAAAAGCUUAAUAUUUUGCAUGUCUAAACACAGUGGCCCUGUUAAUGAAAUCCAGUGGUGUCCUGUACGAGAACAGAGUCACUUGCUUCUCUCGGCUUCUAUGGAUAAAACAAUCAAG